AUGGCAGAGCCAGGCCUGGGCGCCGGCCCCGAUGCUCUCGAGGAGACGCUAGGCCGUCUCUCCAAGAAGACGGGCGUCAAGGCAACGAUUGUGCUCGACCGCGCAUCGGGGGCCAUCCUGAAGACCAGUGGCCAGGUCAGUUCAGUCCGCAAGGUAAAGGCGCCGGGCUCUUCCCUGCCCAACCCAACCGUGGGCUCGUUUGCCGGCGAAUCCACCGCCAGCCCUUCAAGCCAGGACCAGAGCGCAGAAGAACUCGCAGCUCUUGUAUGGAACUUUGUGGGAACGGCGGGCAGUCUCGUUCAGGAACUGGACACGGAGGAUGAGCUGAAAUUGCUUCGGCUACGGACCAAGAAGCAAGAGCUUGUCAUUGUCCCUGACACGAAGUAUCUGUUGAUCGUAGUUCACGAUACCCCUCCCGCAUAA